UAGUAACCAUUACGCCGUUAUGUAACUUUCAUGACAGACGACCGUUACGGGGCUCCCCGUCGCCCCACUCGGCCCUUCAAAUCUGCCCCCUUCUCCACUUCUUUCUCCCUCAAUUCUGCUUCAAAAUUCUCACACGAAAACCCAGUAACGAUGUGGAGAUUGCCACUGAAUUCCAGUCUUCUCAGGCGAUCUAUCGCCGGAGUUCAAACAGGCUUACCCACCCUGUGGCCGUGGCCCAACCAGCACUCUCAGCCUCGACCAACCCGACCGUGUGCCCACCUUUCUUCCUCGGCCUCCUCCGCCGUAGGAGGGGGCGGCGAUGAGGAAUCGAUGACGGUUGCUGAAGCAAAGAGGCUGAUGAAACUGGCGAACGUUGAGGCGUUCAAGAGAAGGCUUGAAAUGGAAAGUGAGGAGGUGAUUGGAUACUCGAAGCUGCUUGAGGCUUGCGAGGGUGUGGGGGUGGCGCGGAAUAAGGAGGAGGCGAAGGCGUUUGCUAGAGUUUUGGAUGAGGCCGGGGUAGUGCUGCUGUUUCGAGAUCAAGUUUAUCUCCAUCCUGAAAAGGU